UCAGACUGACACUUGUGCGUUCAUGAAGACAAAAGCACAGGUGUUUAAUAAUUUAAAAACAAACAAACAAACAAAACAAAACAAAACAAAACAAAAAAAAACGGUAAUAACGGCUGUACAAGAAUGACUGCCAUGCUACCCGGAAUGUUGUCGGCUUUGUUGUGCUCUUAUCUUAAGAUUUCUACAAUUUAAUCGGUGAUGGCUAUGCAGCAGGAGAAAAAACACCAACCAGAAGGGCAUGCGGAAGCCCCAGAUGGAGGUUGGGGUUGGGUGGUGGUUUUUGUACUCUUCAUGGUUUCAGCCUUAGUUUUUGGGCUCAUCCGCAGUCUGGGGGUUUUUUUUGUGGAGUUUGUGCAGUACUUCGAGGAGAGCGCUCAGGCUGUUUCCUGGAUAACUUCCAUAGGAGUCGCCAUGCAGCAGUUACUGAGUCCCGUAGGCACUGCUGCUUGUAAUGCAUACGGGGCUCGUCCUGUUGUUAUGAUGGGAGGCUUUCUUUCUGGACUAGGACUCAUUCUGGCUUCUCAGGCUACAACGCUCACACACCUCUACCUGACCAUGGGACUCAUUUCAGGGUCAGGCUGGGCUCUAGUCUUCACCCCUACAAUAGCCUCUGUGAUGCAGUAUUUCAGCACACGCCGUUCUCUAGCUAUGGGUCUUGGCUUCACAGGUGUUGGUUUAUCCUCCUUUGCAUUUUCUCCAUUUUUUCAAUACCUGGUACAGGUGUAUGGGUGGCGUGGGGCACUCCUGAUUCUCGGCGGUCUCAGCCUAAACAUUGUAGCCAGUGGUGCCCUUAUUCGACCACUCAGACCCAGUAAAGUUUUAGAAAAGAGUAAAAGUGACAGCUGUAUGUCUUUCAUCUCCCAUGCCUCAGAGUAUUUUGAGCUGUCACUGCUCAUGCACAGAGGCUUCCUCACCUACAGCUUGGCCGUCACAUGCUUCAAUGCUGGGUACUUUAUUCCAUAUGUCCACCUUGUGGCACACAGCCGCCUUGUGGGCUUCAGCGAAUUCCAGGCUGCAUUUGUCAUUUCCAGCACGGGUGUGACAGACAUUGUGGGGCGUGUAGUGUCUGGCUGGGUCUCAGAUUUGCCCUGCGUGCGCUCGCUCCACCUACUGACAAUAUGGACGGCCUUAGUGGGGCUGUUCCUCCUGCUGCUGCCCCUCUGCUCAAUGCAAGGGAACUAUGGUGGUCUGCUGGCAGUCAGCUUGGCAUAUGGCUUCUCUGCCGGUGCUAUGACCCCACUGGUGUUUUCGGUGGUGCCAGAGAUUGUGGGUAUGGAACGCAUGGUUGGUGCACUUGGACUCCUUCAGCUUAUUGAGAGUGUCGGAGGCCUCCUUGGAGCGCCACUGUCAGGCUGGUUGAGGGACAUCACAGGUUCUUACAUAUGGUCCUUUGUGCUAGCCAGUGGAUUUCUCCUUGCAGGUACCAUAAUAACAGUGCUUCUUCCCAGUUUCUGCUCCUGUACUGACCCCCCACCCCUAUCACCAAAGAGGAAGACCAAAAAUGAGUUCACAGAAGAUGAGUUACUCAAAAAGGUUUUAUCCUCAGACUCCACAGAGAAUAUUCAAAACACAGCCAGGAUAGAAACAUCUCAGAACCACAUAGAACCUGGUAUAGAAGUGGAAGGCACAACUUUAAGAGCAGACUGGACAAAAGAUGGGGCUACUUGCUGAUUGGAGCCGCAGUAUGAGCUUGCCACAGGAAUUAUCCUUGGUCAAUAUACUGAUUUUUAUGCUGCUUAUUCUUUUGCUGUCAAAACAAAAACUAGUUGUGGCACAUUUAUAGUCAAAAACAGUCAGAAGCAGGUAAAUGUGCACCAGUCAGAAAAAACGUCAUCAAAAAAUGUACACCACCUUAGUUACAUAGGAAUAAUAAUCAAGCAAGAAAACUUUAAGGGCAGUUUUAAGGGCAGACUUGUCUUGGUGGAAACGUUAUAUGUUAAUUCUUAUUGUUUGCAUCUAAACCAACUCUAUAGAGUGCUUUAGGAGCAAAUAUAAGAAAUUGCUAAAAAGUUUUGGAAUCCACAAUGAUCACAGAAACCACAAUAAACAUGGACCAAAUCGUAUUUUCGCCAGAUUAUUGAUUUGCUGGCAGAUUAUUGGACAUAUCGCUGAACAUUACACACUAAACUGAUUUGCAGGCAUUCAGUCUGUAAUACAUAUGCCAUUGUUCUGUACCGUAAAAGAGUAGAUCACGUGCCAACAUUUGUUCUGCAUCUGGAAAUGUUCUGCAUUUAACGCACUCUAGAAUCUGUUACAAAUAGAGAGAAUGACUGAAAUGCUACACCGGUGGUUCCACGAAGCAGGUCAGAGAUCAGCUGCAUGGGGCCUGUUCUUGUGUAGUAAUUGUGGUCACUGAGCUCCAUUAUGCACUUCAGCCUUUGAAGUUAUCUACUCACACAGAUAGAUGUGUUUGUUAGUAUCUAUUUUGAAGAAGAAUUUGCAGCACUGCAUGUUUCAGUAGCUUGCUACAGGAGUAUACUGGACCAGCAUCAGGAAGACAUUUUUGCACAGCAUAAGACAACUAUUUUUACACAACAUAAUUGUUUAAUUAAUUCUGAAUGUCCUGGUCAGUACUCGCAGGAAUCAGAUCUGAAUGUCACAGAAUACAUCUGCACUAUAUUUUCAAACUUAAACCUUUUUAAUUGCUGUCAACUUGAAAAAAGAGUACACAAUAAAAUGCUGCAUUUUUGGUCAGAACUUGCAGCAUGUAGACAUGCUGUGAAGAUGACCUUUACCAUGGCAUUAGCAGAGGCACGUUCAGGGGACAGUCUAUAGCUGUGUAACUACAUAAAUUAUUUCUUCUUUCUAAUAAUACUUUGCAAAUUCCUAGUCUAUAAUAACAUGUAUUUUAUUACAUACACCUUAUGAUAAUUUCCUUUAGGUUUUGUUUUGUAAAAUGAAAUAUUUCUAUCCUUUGGUCAGAUGGUGAGACUUUAGCCGAGAAGUACAACAUGGUGUGUUGGAUUAUUGUUUGAGCUUUUUUACAUUAUCCAGCUGGCUUGAAUAGAAAGACAUUUAACACAGAAGUUUCAUGGCAUGAUGGUCUUUUAAGGACACUUAAACUGUGGCAUUAUAGAAAUGUUCAAACUUUUUAUCCAGUUAGAAGUAUUCUACAAAAAAAGACAAAAAUGCUAAAUAAAUGCUGAUGGUUAGGGUUAUAAAUAAGGUCUACAUAAUUUAAAGUACAUUUGGUUUAACCUGAACAAUUACUUAAUCAUUAAACACUUCAUGAUUAUUAAUCAUUUUGACCACCUUAACAUUCCUUUAGACCACUGAUAUUGCUUAAAGAUGAACAGAUGAAGCUUUUUCUAGUUGGGCAUCUUAUUCAACCGUAUACAAUCUUUGGUUAGAUACACGAAUAAACUUGUACAUAUUUAGCCAGA